AUGGAAAUUAACGGUGACCUCUCCACCGUACUGGGGAAUAAUCUGGUCAAGCUGGACGGAAUUCAAAUCCAACAGAUUCGGUAUGGCUUAUUCUUUUAAUUCUAUGUGUAUUUAGACUUAAGCAUAAAAGUAGUACUAUCUACAUAAAUUUCUAUCUUUAGACGACCAGACGUAGCCAAGGCUAUUGAUGCCUUAGGUCGUCUUUCCAUGGAGUGUGUUGGUGCUAAAGAACCGUACACUACCGUGCAAAAACUUCUGCAGAACCUUGAUCAAAGCCUUUACAUCAGCUGGGAGUACGACGCUAACGUAGACAAAAGUUACAUCCUUGGCUAUUUAAAACUAUGCAAAAAACAUUUGUUUUUGUUCGACAAACAGAUGGAAGUAUAUGAAGGCGACCUGCAUGUCAUCAUGGACAUGUACAUUCACACUGCCAAACAACGCCAAGGCCAUGGUAAAGCCUUGUUUCAACAUGUUUUGUCAUCGGAAAGCUUGGAAACACACCUGGUGGCUCUUGACAAUCCCACUGCCGCUUUGUUAAGUUUCUGCCUCAAGGCGUUUGGAAUGGAAAGACCAGUUUGGCAAAACACCAAUAUUGUGGUGUUCCAGAAGCUGUUUGACAGUUUAAUGCGGAACGGUAGGUUUUUAAAAAUAUUUUUUAUUUUACUGUGACUUACACCUUCUUUCUAUACAUUAGUCUACAAGAAAAUUUUUUAGAUGAAUACACACCAGAAGGCUGGCGUCGGCCACAAGCUCCUCGCAAUCUGGCCGGUCAAAACGACGUUUCCUUACGAUACUUGGAUUCGGCCGCUCCAGGGCAUCCGUCUAAAAAUCGAAUCAGUCGUGACUCGUCGGUUAGCUCCAGUGUAGAUCCUGAUGAAACUAUGUCACAACGUGCGAUUCAAGCCCGCAACCGCAAACAACAGUUGCUUAGCAGUAAGCCGCUUUGGUAA